GCCUUCCACUAGGAAACUCAGUUGCUAGGUGCCGUACGAAUGCAGUAUUUUCUGUUCUCGUUCACUUGGCCUCGUGGCAUAAUAAUGAAGGAGGAGAAACUUACGAUAAAGGUAAUCUGAAAAAACUGAAUGCAUCUAUGCUGGGUCGACACAAGAUUCUGCCUCCUUAAAAUGGUCUGAAGAGCACCAAGAACAGCAGUGGAUGAAGUUGAACAUAUUUGCCAAGAAGAAAGGCACGUCUCUGUUUAAUAUCAAAGCUGAAGUUGCCUAAAUGUUUGGUUGUUUUUAAUGUGCAUUUUGAAAUCUUCAAAAUGUAACUAAGCUCAGUCCAAAUAUAGUUGAUCGGUUAGUUGUCCACCAUGAGUGCCCAUGUGGAGACAGAUGCCCAGACCAUCAGCACAGACAUGCCAGCCAUGUUUGACGGCAUGAAGCUAGCCGCAGUGGCUGCUGUGCUCUACGUUGUAGUGCGCUGCCUCAACCUGAAGAGUCCCACAGCAGCACCUGAGAUCAUCUGUCGCGAUACUCCCCUCAACCAUUAUCUGAUCAAGUCCUGCUCCAUCCUCACAGAAGAGUAUAUUCCACCCUUACUGUGGGGUAAGAGUGGCCACUUUCAGACUGCGCUCUAUGGGAAGAUUGGCCGGGUGAGCUCUCCUCACCCGUGUGGCAUGCGCAUGUUCCUUCCCAUGCAGGAUGGAGCCACAGCUACGUUUGACCUUUUUGAGCCCCUUGGUGGCCAUGUAAUUGGUGAUGACAUAACCAUGGCAAUCUGUCCUGGGAUUGCUAACCACAGUGAGAAGCACUACAUCCGUACCUUCGUGGAUCACUCCCAGAAGCAGGGCUACAGAUGCGCUGUUCUUAACCAUCUGGGAGCUCUGCCAAACAUCGAACUCACCUCCCCCAGGAUGUUCACCUAUGGCUGUACCUGGGAGUUCUCAGCCAUGAUGGGUUAUAUCAGACGAACAUUCCCCCAGACCCAGCUCAUAGUGGUAGGCUUCAGUCUUGGUGGGAAUCUCGUCUGUAAGUUCCUGGGGGAAAACCCGGCCAAUCAGGACAAGGUGCUGUGCUGUGUCAGUGUCUGUCAGGGCUAUAGCGCUCUGAGGGCCCAGGCGACAUUUCUGAAGUGGGACAAGUGCAGGAGACUCUAUAACUUCUUUCUGGCGGAUAAUAUGAAAAAGCUAAUUCUGUCCCACAGAGGAAGCCUGUUCGGCAUGCGAACCAGCAAAAUGGAGAUCACAGAUCUAAGUCGUCUGUACACAGCCACUUCUCUCAUGCAGAUAGAUGACAUCAUGAGAAAGUUUCAUGGUCAUGAUUCUUUAAAAGAAUAUUAUGAAAAGGAAAGCUGUGUAAAUUACAUUCACAAUGUGAAUGUUCCUCUCCUGCUGGUGAACUCAUCAGAUGAUCCUCUUGUCCAUGAGUCGCUGCUGACCAUACCUCGCACACUGGCAGAGAAGAAGGAGAACGUGAUCUUCGUGCUGACGCUGCACGGGGGACACUUGGGCUUCUUCGAGGGUGCUGUGCUCUUCCCACAGCCACUCACCUGGAUGGACAAGGUUGUUGUCAACUACGCUGACGCCGUGUGCCAGUGGAAGAGGCGACAGCUAUCGUGCCACCGAGCAACGGACUGCACAGAGCUCAAAAGCGAAACCUAAGGCCUCUAUCUGUUCACUCAGAAGAACAACUUAAGAGCGGUUGGGGUCAGUGGCAUUAGUUGAAUAUACAGAAGAAAAAUGGGACUCUUGCAUGUUUAUCACUGUAACCACAGGUUUUCAAUACAUUUAAUGUUGGAUCACUUUACACAAAGUCAGCAAACUACACCACAGUCAAGGUAAAGUUAGAUAAACAAAUAAAUGACAUCACAAGUUAUGAAACAUUAUAUGCUCAGAAUGGGCUGGAUAUUAAGGUAAUUGGUGGAUUUGAACUGAGAUGUGGAAGGGCAAGUGUCACAUUUAAAGAGAUUGUUAAAAGUGUGAUUACACCAUCUGUUUAGGAAAUAUAAUGGAAGAUUGCAGAAUAAUUUGCUAAAGAUGGAAACACUUUUCAUAAUGAGCCAAUUUCUGAAAUACAAACAGGUCUCAAUUGUUCAGAGGAACAUGAAUAUUUGGUAGCAACAUCCACAGGAAUUGAAUUUUGUGCCUCAGUUUUGGUUUGCUAUACUGUAUGGUGAACUGAUGACAUGCUGCAGGCAAAAGCCAUUCGCCAGAUGAUAAAGUCGAUCGUGUUGUUACAGGGGUGAUUCUCCGUGAGAAAACAUCAGUUGUUUUUAUCAAUAAGACAACGCUGCCCCCUAGUGGCUCCUGCUGAAAGCAAGAGAUUUUUACGAUCCUUAUGGUGUAGAAAUUUAUGUAAAUUUAAAGAAACCAAACGGAAGAAGUGAGAACUGAGUGCUUGUAUAUGCGCACACCAACGAUGUAGUGGUCUUUUAGCAGUUUUUUUUUUUUGUUUUUUUUUUAAUCUUGUUGCUGUGCUGAUUAUUUUUUUUGUGAGCACACUACACUCUGUGUUUUUGUUGAUAUUUGCUUCAUUACUUG